AUGAAUUUCGCAAAUGCGACCAAGAUUUGGAGAGAAGCUUCUUCGAUUGUGCUGGCAAACGCUAAAACCCGAAAGAUUCUGAUGCUGAAGCGCGGAGGCACGGCGACCUUCAUGCCCAACUCGAUGGUUUUUCCCGGUGGGGUUGUCGACGACGUUGACAAGAAGCUUGGCGAUUCUUACAGAAUUUGCGCGCUUAGGGAAUUAUUCGAGGAGUCCGGAAUUCUGCUAACCAAGAAUGGAUUCGAGUCGUCCGUUGAUGACGGUGAUCUUCGGACAAUCAAGGACAACGUCAAAAACGAUUCCGAUGAGUUCUCGAAGGUCGCCCACAAAUUCUGCGCGGAUCGUCUGCUUGACUUCGAGACAUUCUUGACACCGGCAACCAUCGCCAAAAGAUUCUACACGAAAUUCUUUCUUGGGGUUCUGAACGAAGAGCCAAAAGUUGACCUAUGCACCUCAGAAAUGUCGGACUACUGCUGGAUUGAUCCACUUGAAUGCGUUGAACAAGCAUUUGCUGACAAACUCACACUCCCGCCGCCUCAGGUUUACAUGCUAACCCGAUUGUCGCAGAUCGAAAAUUGGGAGGAUUGCGAUGAAUAUUGCAAUCGGACGCCGAUUUGCCCGCAGCCGAUUCGCACCGAAAACCAUACGAUUCAUAACGUGUUUCCAGGCGAUUUUUUGUAUAUUGAUAAGGACUGUUUCGUUCAACCUGGUCGCCAAAUGAAGCCUGAACAGCUGAAAAUUCUGAAAAUGCUUCCAACUCAUCGAGUCAUUUACAAGAUGAAGCCGAUUUACGGGCGGUGCAAAAUUUAUAUGCACAAUUUGAAAGAAGAGGACGCGAAGAAGUUCCACCAAUUCGAGACACAUUCCAAAUUUUUGUGA